AAACGGCUAGCUGUUUCGAAAAUGAUACUGCGGCUCGUGUUUGAGUUUCGAAUUCGAGAGGCGGACGAAUACAAAAACGUAAGCAAAACGAGAAUUAGAUUAUAAAUAAUCUCCCGGGUUGGACCGUUGAACGCGACGAGGCGGAGGCGGAAGGAGCUGACGUUUCAAACAACCUGCAGCUGGGGAUGUUGAGUGAAUGCCGGAGCGGGAGAGGACGCACUGCACUGCAAUGGAGGUAAGCUCCUUCCUGACCCUGACGUGAGCUCCAUCGCUCUGCUUUGAGACAGUGUGCAGUUCUCCGUGUGUUCGUCUGUAGCGGUGGGCUCGGCUACCUGGCGACGCUGAAGCCGCCGCCGCCGCGAUGGAGCACUUUGACACCGAGUACCAGCGCCUGGAGGCGUCCUACAGCGACUCCCCGCCUGGAGAAGAGAACCUGUUGAUGCACGUGCCUGAGGGAGCCAAAUCCCAAUGGCACCACAUAGAAAACCUGGACUUGUUCUUCCAGAGAGUCUAUAAUCUGCACCAGAAGAAUGGAUUCACCUGUAUGCUGCUGGGAGAGAUCUUUGAGCUGGUUCAAUUGCUGUUUGUGGUUGGCUUCACAGUCUUCCUCGCUAACUGCGUGGACUACGACAUACUCUUUGCCAACAAGUUUGCAAAUCACACGGAUUCAUCGAAAGUCACCUUGCCCGAUGCCUUCCUCCCGGUGGAUGUCUGCAGUGCCCGGAUCCGAGAAAAUGUGUUUGUGAUCUUCGUGUUGAUCAUCUCCGGGGUGUUUUGGCUCCAUCGCCUCGUCAAAUUCAUCUACAACGUCUGCUGCUACUGGGAGAUACGAUCCUUCUACAUCAGUGCACUCAAGAUGACCAUGUCAGAACUUCCCUAUGCAACAUGGCAGGAGGUUCAGGCCAGGAUCGUGGAGAUCCAGAAGGAGCACCAGAUCUGCAUCCAUAAAAAAGAGCUGUCGGAGCUCGACAUUUACCACCGCAUCCUCCGCUUUAAAAACUACAUGGUUGCCAUGGUGAAUAAAUCACUCCUUCCUGUGCGAUUUCGACUUCCUGCCCUCGGGGAGUCUGUGUUCUACACCCGGGGUCUCAAAUACAACUUUGAGCUCAUCUUCUUUUGGGGGCCAGGCUCUCUGUUUGAGAACGAGUGGAGCCUGAAGUCAGAGUACAAGAGAGGAGGCAAUAGGCUCGAGCUGGCAGACAAGCUGGCGUCCCGCAUCUUGUGGAUUGGGAUUGCCAAUCUGCUGCUGUGCCCAGUCAUUCUGGUGUGGCAGAUUCUCUACGCCUUCUUUAGUUACACAGAGGUGAUCAAGCGAGAGCCCGGUUCUCUGGGAGCGAGAUGCUGGUCUCUGUAUGGUCGAUGUUACCUGCGGCACUUUAACGAGUUGGACCAUGAGCUCAUGUCCCGCCUCAGCAAAGGAUACAAGGCUGCAUCCAAGUAUAUGAACUGUUUCCUCUCACCGCUGCUGACCGUGGUCGCCAAAAAUGUAGCCUUUUUUGCCGGUUCUCUUCUGGCUGUCCUCAUCGCCCUGACCAUCUAUGACGAGGAUGUUCUCGCAGUGGAACAUGUUCUCUCAUCCAUCACACUUCUCGGAGUGUGUAUCACAGUCUGCAGAUCAUUUAUCCCAGAUAAGCACAUGGUGUUUUGUCCUGAGCAGCUGUUGAGGGUUAUCCUGGCUCAUAUCCACUACAUGCCUGACCACUGGCAGGGCAAUGCACAUCGAUAUGAGACUCGUGACCAGUUCUCCCAGCUCUUCCAGUACAAAGCAGUGUUUAUUCUAGAGGAGCUAAUAAGUCCAGUGGUGACGCCCAUCAUCCUAAUCUUCUGCCUGAGAAGGAAGUCUCUGGAGAUCAUUGAUUUCUUCAGGAACUUCACUGUGGAGGUGAUCGGGGUAGGAGACAUGUGUUCCUUCGCCCAGAUGGACAUCAGGCAGCAUGGACACCCUGCGUGGAUGUCGGCGGGAAAGACGGAGGCGUCUAUCUACCAGCAGGCAGAGGACGGGAAGACCGAGUUGUCUUUGAUGCACUUUGCCAUCACCAACCCUCAGUGGCAGCCUCCCCAGGAGACCACACACUUCAUCAGCCAGCUGAAAGAGCGAGUUCACAGGGAGGCCACUUCUGACACACAUCCACUCUCACUGUCCGAGUCAGAGCCAAGGAGCCUCAUUGCAAACCUGUUGGUGGGUCCCUCCACACUGACCUCCAUUCAUUUCAGCGGAGAUAACUCUUUGGCCAAUCAUGGAGCAGCUGGCUCAGAUGGGGCAUCUGCUUUACGCUCCCUCUCCCCAAUCAGCAGUAGUCUUCACCUGAGAGGCAGCUUAAGUGCAGCUCACAGGGCUUCGGACCACACGUCGAACAUGAGCAAAGCAAUGGCUGGCUCGGGAACGGAUGCCCGGACUGUAAGCUCAGGCAGCAGUGUAUGGGAGGGUCAACUCACCAGUUUGGUCCUGUCCGAGUACGCCUCCACUGAGAUGAGCAUCCAUGCGCUUUACAUGCACGAGCUGCACAAGCAGCAGUCCCGUGGCGAGCUAUCCCGCCACACAUGGCACAGGCAAGAGAGCGACGAAAGCAGUGACGGCUUCCCUGAUGAAGUGAGGAGCGAGCCCAACCCUCACUCCAGACAUUUCCCUCGCUCGCACACUUUCCCCACCACAGUUCCCAGUCCCGGUGCCAUUCCCACUUCAGCUUCUGCCAUCUGCAGUACCACCUUGGGCCAAGAGGGGGCGGCAUCACACAGCAGCGGCCAGCAGCGUUAUGGUGGAUCCACCACAGACUCUUCCGGUGCAGGGGUUAAAGUAGUGAGGUCAGCCCGUGGCGUGCCCAUGGGAGGCUGGGCAGAGGAGGGUCAGGCAGCACCACGACGCCCUGACACACUCCCAGAGGAGAGCUCAGAGGAUGAUAUGCCUCCUCACAUACACAAGAUGACAUAACCAGGCUAUUUGAAUAAGUAUCAGUGUCCCACAACUCCACAGAUAUCCAGACACAUCUUCGAACCUUCACCGAAACCUUUUUCCAGAACUUCCCAUCGGAUCUGACACAGAUGGAGAUGGACAAGAGCGGUGUACCAUGAUACCUACAAACACUGAACCAGUGAACUCACCUGAUCAAGUUACGACUGAUGCCACCACCAACCAUUCAAAAAUACUGUAUGACUUACUACAUGCCAAAACAGGCAAAUAGGGUAAAUAUCAGAUCAGAAGAGGAUCAAGUUAUUUCUAAUAGCCUAUUGAUACCAUCAGAUUACUACACACUCUUUUAUAAUGUCAAAAGAUUACAAAAUGAAAGUGCAUGUAUUACUGGGAUGUAAACAACAUAAGGCCACUGUAGAAACAUACAUACCAAUUUGCUCACAAUGUGAUCCUAAUUGUGCUAUCUGUAUUUUUCCCUCUUUUAUAAAUCAGAUGAUGUGAAAGGGAAAUUUUAAGAAUGUAUGGUGUCUCUCUAACAAUAACAGCAUGCAAGACAAUGACUUUCAUGGUGUGAAUCUGUUAUUGUACCAGCAGCAGGUGGCUAUGUGUUCUACCCAGUGCUCUCAAAACAUAUGAAGGCCUCUAAUAGAUCAAACUCACCUGAUUUAUAUUUUAUAAUAGGAUUUAACCCUGAUAGAUUCAUUUUGCACAUAUUUACGGACACUCUGCAUUGUGUAAAUACAUAAUAUCAGGUUAUGUCAUGCAACAAUCAUUCAACUUAAUUAGUUGUACACAAUUAAAAUGCCAACAUGUUGUGAUGUGUAGCCAGACGUGCUGCACGCAAACACUUUCUAAUCUGAUUCAACCCCGAUUUUUAUUGUGUAACAUUCAUUAAUUUUCAACAGACUUGCGACAGGGCGCAGCAAAAAGACAAGACUAUUUUAAGCAUGUAUAUUGACUUCUGUGCCAUACAAAAUACCCUCGAGCACAAGUGCAUGACCAUCAUCAACAGAUUCUUCUAAGAAGUUGGAACUCAUCCUCCAAGAAGACUGACCAUCCUCCACAUGGUAAUUCACAGCAUGACUUUCCCCUGGUCUCCUGCCAUUCAGCCACGAUUCUUGAAAAGAAGAUAUAUGCACUUUAAUAAUCUGUUAAUGGAGAGGGUGUCUCUUAACUUGGAUUAUUUGUAUGUGUAUAUUUUUGUAUGUAUGUAUAUUUUAUUUAUCAAAGGGAUGUGCCAUAAUGAUAGACCGUUGUGAAUAAAGGUUUGGUUUUCUGUUGUACACUUGGAUGGGGGUAAAGAAGCACUGUCACACUUCUACCUUCAUAUGGCCACAGGGAGGGACGCAUUGCUUCAGUGCUCUAAUGUUAAAUUCAUGAUUGUGCUUUUAUUUUGUAACGCGUCUUGUCAAAUAUAAUUUUGUACAGCUGUAAUUUCCUCCAUUAAAGACAAGGCAAUGGUGCAA